GCAGCUGGAAGACUAAGUGGACUUUCCUCCAAAAGAAGCUCUUGAUUCCUCCAUCCACGCGUGGAUUUACCCCUUGCGAGGGAGCCCCCCCCCCCCCCAACCCCCCCCACACACGCCCCACACACACACACACACACACACAUAUCCCAAUUGCAGCACCCCCCCCCCCCCAAAAAGAAAAAAAAACAAAAAAAGCAUGAGUACCGAACAGUUAUACGAGAAGAAAAUCGCCGGUAUUCUGACCGACCUACCCGGAUCUAUGAGCUCCCACCCGACCUCCAAGGACUCCCCGACUCUGCCCGAGUCCUCCGUGACGGACAUGGGCUACUACAGCGCGACGCAGUCGGGCCACGGCCAUCACGAAUAUUAUCAGGGCCAAGCGUACGGACAGCCCGUCAACUCUUACCACCAUCACCACCACCACCACCACCAGUUCAACCUGAACGCCGUGGGAGCCGCUGGAGUGUACGCCGCCAAAUCCGAGUACCCUUACACGAACGGCUACAGACAGUACGGACAUUACAACAGAGAUCACCUGCAGGCAUCACCUCCGAGCUCGGUAAAAGAGGAGCCCGAGCCCGAGGUCCGCAUGGUGAACGGCAAACCGAAAAAGAUCCGCAAGCCCCGGACCAUCUACUCCAGCUACCAGCUCGCCGCCCUGCAGAGGCGCUUCCAGAAGGCGCAGUACCUCGCCCUGCCCGAGAGAGCCGAACUCGCGGCCCAACUGGGCCUGACCCAAACACAGGUGAAGAUCUGGUUCCAGAACCGGAGAUCCAAGUUCAAGAAGCUGUACAAGAACGGCGAGGUGCCCCUGGACCACAGCCCGAACGCCAGCGACUCCAUGGCGUGCAACUCGCCGCCCUCCCCCGCCGCGUGGGACAACGGCGUCAGCACCCCGCAAGGCAGAGCUCAGGUGCCGCCGCAGCCCACGCACAGCUCGUCGCCGCCCUACAUGGACGAUUACAGCAACCACUGGUACCAGCAGCAGGGAUCCCACCUACAGCACGCGGGCACCGUGCACCACCCGGUGCAGCCGCAGAGCGUGGGAGCUGUUUAUUAACAAGGACUCCUAACCCACUCCUUUUUACAAAAAAAAAAACAAAAAAAAAAACAAAAAAAAAACAAAACAAACAAAAAAAAGAUUUGAAUACGAGGUCUACCCAAAAAUGACUGUGCUCAAGACGUUUGGACCGGGAGCAGGCCUAAAGAGAUGAUCCAGACCAGAACUUUUUCUUCUUCCGUUGACAAAGCACAUAAGGGAUUUGUGAUCACUUGUAACGACAUAUUUAAAGGACAUCUGACGGUUUUGUUUAUUUUUUAUUUUUUAAGUUAUUCAUCUCCUCUGUUAUAUUCCCCAUGUCUUCCUUUUAUAAAUGGAUCUGAAGCGUUAUUAUUAUAAUUAUUAUUUUGUUAAAACAAUAACCACAUAAUAACGUCAAAAGAAAAAGUGCAGUUAGUACUUUCAAAUAAUAACAAUUCAUCCCGAGCGUCACAUUAAACUCAGGUCAUAUUUAUAAGGAUUUGUACAAAACGUCGAAGGCUGUAAAUAUGUGUUUAUAUAGAACCACUUCUAUGAUCAUAUUUGUUUGAACGACUCACUUGUGGUUCUCGAUGCAGAAGUCAUUUUAUAUUCAUGUAAUUAGUUCCCUCCUUGCCUUCUUGUCCUUUGAAUAAAGGUGUUAAUUGCA